UCUCACUCUUCUCUUUCUCCAUCACUAUCACUUCACUAUCUCCCUAAUUUUCUUUUCCUCUCAAACCCUAAUUCUUCUCUAAAAAAUUCCGAUGGCAAAUUUGGUCAGCCCAAACGCCAUCUCCACCUUACUCGCAAACCCAUCCCCCAAUUCUUCACCACAUUUUUCCGACAUUGUAGUUCAAGUUAUCGAUCUCAAGCUAAGCGGCAACAGAUACAUGUUCUCUGCGAGCGAUGGAAAAAUGAAACUAAGAGCAAUUCUUCCUACGAAUCAGUACUUAGAGGUUCUCUCAGGGAAGAUUCAGAACCUUGGUCUCAUUCGCAUCCUUGAGUAUACUCUCCAUGACAUCCACAAUAAAUCUGAGAAGUACAUUAUUGUUACCAAGUGUGAACCGGUUUCUCCCGCGCUUGAAAUGGAGAUAAAGAGGGAACAAAUUGGUGUCGUCUUGAAGCCGAAACAUGAUUUGAUUGCAAAAUCUGCUGCUCAGAUUGUACGUGAACAAAAUGGAAAUUCAACAAUGGGAAGGAAUUUGAGUCCUGUGCUUAAAAGAGAGCUUGAAAAUCUCGACAAAGAUGCAGAUAGUCGAAAGUCAGCAAUGAGAGCAUUGAAGUCUUAUGUGAAAGAUUUGGACUUUAGGACAAUUCCUAUCUUUCUUGCUCAAGUUUCCGAGACCAAGGAAACCGGUACUUUGUCGGGAGAAUUCACAAUUUCUCUGUAUGAAGUUCUUGCUAGGGUUCACGGGGUCAAAAUUGUUCCAAUGAUUGAUAGUAUUAUGCAGUCCAUAGUUCAGACUUUAACUUCAAGUGCAGGUUCUUUUCCUCUUCAACAAGCUUGUGCCAAGGUUGUUCCAGCUGUAGCAAGAUAUGGAAUUGACCCAGCUACCCCUGACGAGAAUAAGAGGCAUAUAAUUCAUUCUAUUUGCAAGCCUCUUUUGGAUUACCUAACGUGUUCUCAAGAGAGUUUGAGUGGUGGAGCAGCCCUUUGUUUGAGUGCUCUCGUGGAUUCAGAUAAUUGGCGCUUUGCUGCUGAUGAGAUGGUUAAUAGGGUUUGCCAAAAUGUGGUUGUGGCAUUAGAGGGAAAGUCUACUCAGACCAAAUCACAUAUGGGUUUGGUUAAGUCCUUAGCUAAGCGUAAUGCUUUGAUUGUUGAAGCCUAUGCUAGAUUGCUCAUACAAUCUGGGUUGCGGAUACUAAAUGCCGGUGGAGAUAUUAUGGACGGGAAUUCUCAUAAGCGGCUAACGGCUAUUCAAAUGGUGAACUAUUUGAUGAAAUGUUUAGAUCCGAGGAGUAUUUCCUCAGAGGUUGAACAAGUGAUUGAGGAGAUGGAGAAGUGCCAAUUUGAAAAAAUGGCGUAUGUCAAAGGCGCCGCACUCGAAGCUUUGCAAACAGCCAACAAAGUUGCCAACGAUAAAAAAUUGAGAUGUGCGAAGAGUCCUGCAUCGGUGACAGGGUCAAAUUUUAGUAGGAGAGACUAUAUGGAGGGAGAUAGUUCUUCGGGCGACGGAGACCAUACUCCAACAUCUAAUUCGCCGGAGUCACGUACCUUCGAUGUUUUCCCUGGAUCUGAAUCCCUUGCCGAGUCUCCCAUUUCAACAUAUCAGUCUUCUCGGAAUUUGAACUAUUCACGAAGGAGCGUCAAUAGGAAGCUUUGGAGUCGUGAAAAUGGAGGGGUUGACGUGUCUCUUAAGGAUGGUUUGUUCUCAAGUGCCGAGGUGAGAAAUGGUUUGUUGGAGCACAAUGUGGAUUACAAAUUUUCUAAUGGAGGAGGAGAUUUAACUGAGGAAUUUGCUGGUUUCAUCCCCAGAAAUCCUACGCAUGGAAUGUCCAAAAGUACCAACACAAGUCCCCUAAGAUCAGACACUCAGUUCAAUGUUGACAACAUUAAAAUCUUUAGCACUCCACGGAAGCUCAUUCAUUCUCUUCAAGACGCAAACGACGAGAAUUCAGAUUGUUCUGAAAAACCAAUUAGAAGGUUCAAGAGUCUAUCAUCAGGCAACAUUGAUUGGAGUCCAUCAUCUUAUUCGAAAUAUGACCAGAAUGGUAUUGCAAAUCAUGUCAAGGAUGAUAGCAAUGAGAAUGUAAGUUCGUGUGGUGAUGUGGAAUAUCAAGGUGGACAAGAGUCAGUCUCUUCAACCGACGACCUUCCUGGUGAUGCCAGUAUGCAGAAGCCUUCUGAGGUGGUUCCUGAAAGUCGAAAUGACAGACAAACUGUUCUCACGGAGAAGCCGCUUCAAAAGACGAAGCGUAAAUUGAUGUGUGGACUCUUUGUUAUUCUUGCAAUGGCUACACCUUUACUCUGGAUCAACAGUCAAGAUGAAGGCCAUUUUCUUGUCCCAACAUAAUGUGUUCGUUCUAGUGAACAACCUGAGAAUCAAGAGAAUUAGGGAUAGAGAUUUAUGAAAGUACUUAGUCAAUGUCAACAACUAAAUGUUGGGAAGUUCAGUGUAGAAGUAGAAGAUCAGUGCAAUUCAGCAUCUUAAUUUGCUUUUAUUUUUCUUUAAUGAGUUUGGAAGAACUUUUGACUGAUUUUACCUUGAAACACAAAUGAUAUCUUCGGAAUUAGAUGAAUCAUUUUGGUACUGUUCAGGCCAAAUUUUAAAUAGAUAAAGAUAUGAAUACUACAUUUAUUUAUAUUUA